AUGCACCUUUUAGCGAUUAUGAUUUGGAAGCCUCUCUUUAGCACAGUGGCCAUAUUGGCAAAUACUGUCCUCCCAGCUCUAGCUGCCCCAACUCUCGAUUCGGAGCUGUCUAGUCAGUCGGAAGACAAAUAUGUCUUCGCCCACUUCAUGGUCGGUAUAGUAAAAGACUACCAGCUAGCAGACUGGAAAGAAGACAUGACCACAGCCCAAUCCAUCGGUAUCGACGCAUUCGCACUGAACUGCGCAAGCAUAGACAGCUACACACCAACCCAGCUAGCCUUAGCCUACGAAGCAGCCGAGCAAGUCAACUUCAAAGUGUUCAUCUCUUUCGACUUCGCCUACUGGACCAACGGGGAUACAGCAAAGAUCACAGAGUACAUGAAACAAUAUGCAGGCCACCCAGCGCAGAUGCAAUACAAGGGAGCCGCGGUAGUAAGUACAUUUGUCGGAGACAGUUUCGACUGGGAUGCAGUGAAACAGGGCACGCCGCAUCCCAUUUACGCAUUGCCGAAUCUGCAAGACCCCGCCGAGGCUACCACCGGCCCUGCCAAGAGCGCCGAUGGUGCGUUCUCGUGGCUGGCUUGGCCUACGGAUGGGGGAAACAGUAUCAUCCCAGGACCGAUGACUACCGUUUGGGAUGAUAAAUUUGUUCAGUUUCUCGCGGGGAAAACUUACAUGGCCCCCGUCUCACCCUGGUUCUCAACCCACUUCAACACCAAGAACUGGGUUUUCGUUUGCGAGAAUCUGCCAACAUUACGUUGGGAACAAAUGCUUUCCCUUCAGCCGGAUCUGAUUGAGAUAAUUACAUGGAAUGACUACGGCGAAUCCCACUACAUCGGCCCGUACUCAGCCCAUCACAGCGACGACGGAUCAUCCCAGUGGGCAGCCGAUAUGCCCCACGACGGCUGGCGUAACUUGUUCAAGCCCUAUAUCGCAGCUUACAAGUCUGGAGCGAAGACUCCUACCGUGGAAGCGGAUGAAGUCGUGUACUGGUACCGUCCUACGCCCAAGGGUGUCGUGUGCACGGGAGAUACCCUCUCAGCACCAAUGGGUGCGGACAUGCUUAGUGAUAGCAUUUUUGUUGCGACUAUGUUGACGAGUCCGGCUACCUUGACUGUGCAGAGUGGGAAUAACGCUCCUAUUGACAUUGACGUUCCGGCGGGGAUUGUUACCUCGAAUGUGACUAUGGGAGUUGGUGCCCAGUCUUUCAAAGUGGCUCGGGAUGGACAGACGAUUCUGAGUGGUCAGGGGGGUUUGGCAGUUAAGGAUAGCUGUGUUCAUUAUAACUUCAAUGUUUAUGUUGGGUCACUGACUGGGGGAGUCGAUGGUGGUGCUAACUCGACUGGGGUUAAGAGGUAG